CGGAUGUUCAAGAUAUUAGUUGAAAGGAAAAAUAAAUAAAUAAUAAAAAUAAAAAUUUGCUGAUUAAUAAACUCUUGGGCUCUCCAUUCUAAAUUGACUAGGUUGGAAUUGGAAAGGCGGAUUUAGAUAUUGGUCUUUAAGUUUAAACUCCAAAUCCUCUUCCUCUACGUUCAGAUGCAGCCUAACUGUCAGGACGUUGGACCUAGCCAUGUAUUCCAUAUGAUCUAAUAGGAUGAAUUGAAGAUAUUAGAGUCUGAUCACUAAUUUGGAACUGCAUGGGAACUGGACCCAACCUGUAAAGCAAUAAUAUAUCCGAUAUGGGGCCGGGGAUGCCCAAAAGUUGACCCGAUAAAAAGUAGAUUGUUAAACAAAUGAUGCGCGAUUACCAUGCUUUCUGCUUUUACGAUAUAAAUAUAUUUAUUUAUAGCCCGCGCGGAUUCAGAAUUAAAUGCACGUGUGUCCUUCUCAUUGACAUUCCAAUUAUUAUUAUUAUUAUUAUUAUUUUGAUCUGAAAAACCUCGGAAACAGUUUUUUUGUCUUAAGUCCUUGUCUGGUUCAAUUAGCUACUACUCGUUGACUGUUCAAAGUCAGCAAAGUCAUUACACUCGGCCUCUAUAUAGCUAAGACAACCAAUUUCAAAUACAACCACCACCAAAUCCAAGAGGCGAACUCAUCAGGGAGACCAGUAUUAUUGCCUAGAGAUAAUCUAACAUGGCCAUCCUUCAAGCUCCAAGAUCCACGUGGUACUCUUUGGGUUCAUCUUCGACCAGGCGUUGUACAAGAAUUAAUAUUACAGCCACAAUCAAUUUGCCAAGAAACCAGGUAAGUCCUCAUGAUCUAUCGAUCCCCAAGAUCAUCGCGAGUAGAGUUUUGGUUGAGGAAUUUGAAAUGAGGACUGGUCACACGACUCUACCCACCCCUGGUUCGGAGAAGAAUUACGAUCAUGACUCCAUUAUCAAUCUAGACAACUCCAAAAGGCGCAGCCCAAAUAAUCCUCCUGAUGCCAUGGUGAUUGCCAAGCUCUAUGCAAUCAUGGAUUCUGUUGCCGAUAGAGUGGAGAUGCAUAAGAAUAUCGGGGCACAGCGCGACAACUGGAACCUCCUCCUUCUAACAUCCAUUAAUGGAAUCACUCUAACUGCUGCAACCUUGGCUGGACUCGCAGCCACCAUUAAUGCAAGUGGUCCUCCUCUUCUGGCGCUGAAGAUAUCUUCUACCAUAUUGUAUUUAGCAGCCACUGGCAUGUUGGCGGUGAUGAACAAGAUCCAGCCAUCCCAACUAGCUGAAGAACAGCGCAACUCUGCGAGGUUAUUUAAGCAGCUUCAUCAAGAGAUUCAAACGACUUUAGCUGUCCGCGAUCCUACCGCCACAGACGUGAGUGACGCAAUGGAGAAAGUCUUGGCUUUGGAUAGGGCGUACCCACUUCCAUUACUAGGGGCAAUGCUUGAGAAAUUUCCAAAAGCUGUGGAACCUACAUUGUGGUGGCCGCCAAAAAGGCAAAGACAAGUAGGGAAGCUUGGUGAAGAAACAGAUGGAAAUGGAUGGGAUGGAAAGUUGGAAGGGGAAAUGAGAGAGAUAGCAAGGAUUUUGAAGAGGAAGGAUGUUGCUGAGUACUUGAAAUUGAGUAAAAAAGCCCUAAAAGUAAGUGGCAUCUUAGCAAUAUCUGGGCCCUUACUGACAGCAGUUGGAGCUUUGGGGUCUGCAUUUGUGGGCACUAUUCAUGGGACACCUGCGGUGAUGUUUGCAGUGAUUGGAGGAGCCUUGGCAAGCGUGGUAAACACAAUGGAGCAUGGUGGGCAAGUAGGGAUGGUGUUUGAAAUGUACAGGAGCACUGCUGGUUUGUUUAGGCUAACACAAGAGACAAUCGAGUCGAAUAUUAACGAGAGAGAUGUUGAGGGAAGAGAGAAUGGGGAAGUUCUCAAGCUGAAGGUGGCUUUACAGCUGGGCAGGAGUCUAACAGAACUCGAGAAUCUGGCAGCUGCAUCAUCAAGAAAUUAUAAGCAAGCCGUUGAUCAAGAUCUUGCGAGCAAGCUCUUCUGGCAGAUCAUUUACUAGAGAAGGUUUUUGGUCUGUUAAGUCCGAGGGAUGUUUAGAUUUGUAAAUGAGAAUAUCUGCCCACAGCUUCUUCCGUCUUCCUACAAAUAAUAGCCUCUAAUAGUAGUUUGUCACGUAGACACCGCAUUCCCUAAAUAUUGCUCCGCACCACACUACAUUCCGUUUUCCUCACUCCUGAUCCCCUCUCUUUCCGUGAGAAUCCCUUGACCGAAAACCGUCCUUUCUCUGUAUCCUCUCUCAUUUUUCAAUUCUAAUUUGGCUCGGAAGAAGCUAUUGUGCCGCCUCACUUGUA